CCGCUGACCCAACGCUCCCUCGAGCGAUCGUGACACCUCCAUGCUGCUGCCAUAUGCAAAUUUCUGUCGAAAUUUUCGCUGUCAGUGACGUUUUUUGGAGGCUGGAGGCCAUUUUGGUAAAUAGCGAUAGUAAUGAGUAAUUUGGAUAUUAGUGACGUGGUGGCUCACGUGAAGGCUGAGUUCAUCAUUCCUCAUGAACCUCAGGCACCCAAAGAAGAGUUGCAGAAUGAAAAAACAGAAGCUAAAGAUUCCUCAGUUACUGAUAAUUCAGAGGGUAAAGAUUCCAUUGCAGAACCGCCAGCAAAGAAGCAAAAAGUUACAGGUACAAAUAAACACCGUCCAAAGCUGAUUAAAGCCCCAAGAAGUAGCAAAUUGUGUAAGUCUGUUUGGUGUCUGCGUGUCGGAGAAGACGAAACCAACAAGUGUUCCAAUGAGAAAUGUGCCUUUUCGCAUGAUGUUGAUGCUUAUUUAGAAUCAAAACCUGAGGACCACGAUGGCGAGUGCCACAAUUUUCGUACUUUUGGAAUGUGUCAUUACGGUCUGAUAUGUCGGUAUGGUAGAGACCACAUAGAAGAUAAAAGAAACAAGGUCAAUGAUGAGUUGUGGUUGAAACAUGAAAAUAGUCCGAAGGUUCUCAAUGUGCUCAAGAAAGAGGUACAGUUUGACCUACGGAAGCGGAAGUUUGAUUUUGGGAAAGCCUUGAACAUCCACAAAAUGGUUCAGUCAGAGUUAGACAAAAAGAGAGCUAACAGUAAGAAAGUAGAAAAUGGGGAGACUAAAGAAAAUGGCGAGGAUAAAGGAGUUAAAAAUGAAGCGCUAGGACCAGCUGCAGAUGAUGAUCUGAUUAAAUUUACCUCCAGAGAAAAGAAAAAAAUCGAAUGGAGAGGGAAGACCUAUUUAGCACCUCUGACCACAGUGGGAAAUCUCCCCUUUCGCCGCAUAUGCAAAGAUCUCGGGGCUGACAUCACGUGCAGCGAGAUGGCCUUGGCUACUAACCUCCUUCAGGGUUCUCCGAGCGAAUGGGCCCUUGUCAAACGGCACCCAUCAGAAGACCUUUUUGGCGUCCAGCUUUGUGGAAGCAAUGCAGAGGCCAUGACUAAAUGCGCUCAACUUCUGGACGAACAGACCACCAUAGAUUUCAUAGACAUCAACAUGGGUUGUCCCAUUGACCUCAUUUACAAACAGGGAGGUGGCAGUGCGCUGUUACGCCGUCAGGGAUGCCUUGAACACAUGGUACAGGGAAUGACAAAGGUCUUGUCAGUCCCCCUCACGCUGAAGAUGAGAACGGCUGUCUAUCACGAUACCCGUGUGGCCCAUAACUUCAUUGAGAAAGCAAAAACAUGGGAUGUGUCAUUAGUUACACUUCACGGAAGAUCAAGAGAACAACGCUAUUUGAAGCUUGCCGACUGGGAUUACAUCAAUGAAUGCGCAGGUCUAGCUGAUCCCAUGCCUCUGUUCGGCAAUGGAGAUGUACUGAGCUACGAAGAUUAUUAUCACCACAUUGACAAUUCAAGUGUCUCCGGAAUCAUGAUUGGACGGGGUGCACUCAUUAAACCUUGGAUUUUUAAGGAAAUUAAGGAGAAGAAACACUGGGAUAUAUCUUCAAGUGAGCGUUUUGAUUUGCUCAAGAAAUAUGUCAACUACGGAAUGGAACACUGGGGUAGUGACACAGAGGGCAUAGAAAAGACGCGUCGAUUUUUACUCGAGUGGUUAUCCUUCUUGCAUCGUUACAUCCCCGUUGGAAUUCUUGAUCAGACGCAGAAGAUCAAUCAGCGUCCUCCGCUGUUCAAAGGCCGAGAUUAUCUUGAGACACUAUUUGCUUCGCGUAGUGUUAAUGACUGGGUCAAAAUCAGUGAAAUGCUGUUGGGACCAACUCCUCCAGACUUCAUUUUCCUGCCAAAACAUAAAGCAAAUGCUUAUUGAUGUACGGUACUGUAUUCAUAUCAAUAUAUAGUGUAAAUAUCCACAGAGUUUCUAUAUGGAGUAAUUUUUAUUUUAAAGUUUUAAUUUACAGUAGAAUUUUUCAUUUUAAUUUCUCAUAUUGGCAGUCAGUCAGCACUGGGAAAAACAUCUGCUUCUUGGUAACUUAUACCAGGCCCUCAUUCUUCAUAUCAAGUCUGCAAAAAUGAAAGUACAUUAAUCCCGAGAUUAUGCAGUUUCAUUGUACUGUACUUUGUUUCCAUGGUUUUUACUGGCCAUUUCUGAAAAUUUUCAGUUUCAGUGUUUGUUGCAUCUUUUAGAGCUGCCUAUUCCAUUGGCCUCUGUGUAAAGAGUGGAUACGCCUGAUUUUCUUUAAAUAUUGCAUCUCUACACAGCCAGACACUGAAGUAUAACUAAAGUUAUAGUUCAAAUUCCUGUAUAUUUUUUCUCUGUUGUUCUUUAUAGGUUUAUUUGAUUCAUUGUUGCAGUGAAUUAUUACAGGUCAAUUGCUUUUGACUACUGCAUCUCCAAAUGCCACACACCAAAAAAGCUGCUGUUCUUGGACACUUAUCAAAGGUGUGGCGGAGAACACCUUAACAAAUCAUUUAGAACCAGGAGGACAUUCACCUGCAUUACAGCUUUUGUCCAGACACUCACUAAACUUUAGACCUGAGUGCUGUUAUCUGCUCAUGAGUACAAAUAGAUACCAGAGAGAGGUAUCCACGAAUACAAUUUCAUUCUGGCUUCUUGAAAUGAUCCAACAGGCUUUAACACUAGAGGAUUCAGAUGCAGACUGUAUACCCCAGAUGAAAGCUUGUGGGGUAAAGGGCAUUGCCCUGUCCCUGAUGUUCAGGAAGAACUUUUUGGCGCCGUGGGUACUGAAGUAUGUUGUGCUACCAUACUAUACUACCUUUACCUCUUUUUGCAACAACAGGGUUUCACCUACAAGACGCAAUUCUUAGAUAACUGUUCCUUGGUCUUGUGAUGGCGGCUCAACAUCUGCAAAGUUUAUGGUGUGUAAUUUUGGUCGCUUUCCCUUCCGUCCGGUUCCUAGCCUCACAAGCACUGUAUUCAGCCAGAUCAGUUACCACUUCCGCGACUGUGAAAUUGCUGUGUUGUUAAAGAGAAACUAGUUAUAUUCACUGUUUGCACAGUUACCCAAAACCCCCACACAUCUAGGGAAAACACAAAUAUUCAAAAUUUGCUUUUUUUUUUCCUGUUACCAGACCUUCUGAAGGAGAGUAAUAAACAAUGCUUGUUA